GCACAUCGCGCAACUGUGAGCAUCCCAGCGUUUAAUAUCUUCACGGUGCUUGCCACCGGCGUAUGGGCAACUGCUGGUCUUCGCCAAAGCAAGCGGAGAGCGCAGCACCUCCAUUGGUAGACCCGAAACCAGUCCCAUCGGCAGUCAAGGAGCCCGUCGUCGAGAUCCAGAAGCCAGCAAGAAUGACCGUCAAGAUCUACAUCGUCUUUUACUCCACGUAUGGUCACAUCUACAAGCUUGCACAGCAGCAGAAGAAGGGUGUGGAUUCUGUGGAGGGUGUCGAAGGUAUUCUGUACCAGGUUCCAGAGCUUCUGUCGGAAGAGGUGCUAACCAAAAUGCAUGCACCCCCAAAGCCAGAUGUACCCAUCCUGGAUGUACAUGACCUGCCCAAUGCAGACGGCUUCAUCUUUGGCUUCCCCACAAGGUACGGGACCAUGGCAGCUCAGUUUAAGGCCUUCUGGGAUGCCACCGGCAGCCUGUGGCAGAAGGGGGCCCUGGUGGGCAAGCCUGCCACGAUGUUCACCUCCACUGCCAGCCAGGGCGGCGGCCAAGAGACCACAAUCCUCACAUCGCUGCCGAACCUUGUGCACCACGGCAUGGUUUACGUGCCGCCCGGCUACGCAUUUGGCGCUGCCCUCUACGACCUGAACGCGGUGCGCGGGGGCAGCGGCUACGGCGCCGGGACAUUUGCUGGCGGCGACGGCUCGCGCCAGCCGUCUGAAACCGAGCUCGAGUUUGCCGAGUUUCAGGGCGCGUACUUUGCAAAGGUGGCCAAGAAGCUGGCAGCAUAAUAGGAUGAGCUGACACCUCGGUAAUACUGAACUUCGGGGAGCGUUCAGCUUCAAUGUGUAUUCGUGACUGGGACUCAGAACUGCAAAUGCGUACAAACACUGCACAACAGUAGCUUUGACUCUGAAAGCUUGAAAGAAACACUGCACGGCGCUGGACUGUACAGAGCAAGUGGCAUCUAGGGCUGGAAGCCCCAGGGCUGCUUUGCAAUUGUUUUUCAUGUCCAAGCAGACUAUACAGACAUUGGCCCGCCGCUGCUGUGCGUAUCUUGAUCUGCAACCAUAUCCAGAGCUUGAGCAGGAGGCCGAGUAAUGUUUAAGGUUCAAGAUUAAUGCCGGCCUGUUUGUCCUGCUGCAGCUUUGCAGCGAGCAGCUGCAAGAGCAUUCUGCCUGUUGUAAAAGAGGCGAAUACACAAGCAACAGACACUGUCAUUUUAACAUGCAUGCAUGCAUAUGCAGCCUGAUUAACCAAUAUCCUGGUGCACACUGCAUGUAAAGACAAAGACAUGGC